CGCCAUUGAUAGCCACCACGGAGCUCGGAGAACAACGAUGACGCAGGGAUCAACAACGUUGCACGCAUAUGGGGAGGCUUCCUACUGGGAUCGUCGCUAUGGCCAGGACCCAGGUCCCUUCGAGUGGUACCAGAAGUACCGCUCCCUCGCGCCGCUGUUUGAUCUCUAUCUCCGUCGCCACCACCGGCUCCUCCUCGUUGGCUGUGGUAACUCCGCACUCGGAGAAGACAUGUUAAAUGAUGGCUAUGAGGACAUUGUUAAUAUUGACAUAUCGUCUGUAGUGAUUGAAGCCAUGCAAACAAAAUACCAGGACAAACCAGCUCUCCAGUAUAUUAAAAUGGAUGUGAGAGAUAUGAGUGAUUUUUGA